AUGGACGAUAUAUUAGACGUUAACGAGCGUCCCGAGACGAUUUUAUCGCACCAGCCGAAACGACGGGGGGCAUCUCACGGCGGUUCCUUGGGUCCACGGCAUGACUGGUACAUGGUCGGGUGGAUCUGUGCGCUGCAUAUAGAAAUGGCAGCAGCUCGGGCUAUGCUCGACGAGGUUCACGACCCCCUACCACAACAAACAGACGACAGCAAUACCUACGUCCUCGGAAGCAUCAAGCAGCACAAUGUGGUUGUUGCAUGUUUGCCGCACGGGCAGUACGGAACAAACAAUGCAGCGAUAGUCGCAACCAAUAUGUUGCGAACGUUCCCUGGAAUUCGCGUCUGCUUGAUGGUAGGGAUUGGUGGUGGUGUACCGAGCAGAGCUGAUCUGCGUCUGGGCGAUAUCGUCGUUGGAACAAGAGUGAUGCAGUGUGAUCUUGGCAAAUAUAUUGACGACGGACAUUUGCUUCGGACGGCAAUACCCAGGAUUCCUCGCCAGUCGCUCGGGACAGCUGUGUCUGCCCUCCGUUCAAAGCAUGAAUUGAGUCCUAGUCGAGUUCCGACGAUCCUGCAACAGAUGCUAGGUUGUCAACCCGCAUAUAGUCGCCCAAGCAUCCCAGACCGCCUUUUCCACGCGACAUACAAUGGCGGACCCAUGCCCCAUGACUGCGACGGAUGCGAUCAGUCAAAGCUCGUCAAACGGAGCGGCCGAGUAGGGAAUGAAAUAAUGAUUCAUUACGGCGCGAUAGCCUCAGGAAACCAGGUCAUGAGAAGUGGCAUGUUUCGGGAUGACGUGGCUCGAAAACUAGAUGUUAUAUGCUUUGAAAUGGAGACUGCUAGCCUGCUUGAUAUUCUUCCUUGCCUGCCGAUCCGCGGAAUUUGUGAUUACUCGGACUCUCACAAGAGUAAAGAAUGGCAGAGGUACGCCGCAGCGACUGCGGCCGCAUACGCCCGGGAAUUUUUGGAGGAGCUACCUAGGACUGAAUCACAUGUCAAUAUUACAUACUGCCGUUUCUCAGACGAACGCCGGCAAAGUUUGUUGAAUUCUCUAAAGUUCGAGCAGAUCGACUAUCGCAAGAUCAACAUCAAAGAUGCCCAUUCUAAGACUUGUCAAUGGCUUUUCAGUCAUUCCAGCUAUGGAGAAUGGCUCGACCCCGCGGCGUUAAUGCAGCACCAUGGUUUUCUGUGGAUCAACGGUAAACCAGGUGCUGGCAAGUCAACAAUCAUGAAGGUUGCGUAUGAGCGUAUGAAGAGAAUAGCCCGGGCUAGAAACAGCGUCACAGCAUCAUUCUUCUUUAAUGCCAGAGGGGAGUAUUUGGAAAAGUCGAUUACCGGAAUGUAUCGAUCAUUGCUACUGCAGGUGCUUGAAGGAUAUCCAGAUCUCCAGACCGUCUUAGAUGAUUUGGAGCUAGUCCCCCAAAGCCUUAAUAGCUGUCCUCCCUUGAAUAGCUUGAAAGGUCUCUUUCUUAAAGCAGUUUCUGCUCUCGGCCAACGUGAGUUAACUUGUUUUGUCGAUGCUCUUGACGAAUGUGACGAACAGCAGGUUGUCGACAUGGUCCAGUUCUUUGAAGACUUGGCGGGACAAUUCUCGGCCAAGGGCGUUCCGUUUCGAAUAUGCUUCUCAAGCCGGCAUUACCCAUAUAUUGCUCUUCGACGUGGAAUCCGUCUCACCCUGGAGGAUCAACCUGGCCAUGCCAAAGACUUAGAGACGUAUGUGGGUAGCCGUCUUCGAAUACGUGACCAAUCGAUUGCCGAGGAGCUGCAAUUCACGCUUCUUGACAAAGCCGCUGGUGUCUUCAUGUGGGUCGUCUUAGUUGUCGGGAUCCUCAACCAGGAGGAUCGGCGAGGUGGGAUGUCUCUGAGAAAGAGACUUGCUGAAAUACCGAGCGAUCUCAGUGAACUAUUUAGAGAUAUAUUGAGACGUGACUGUGAAGAUACUGAGGCUCUCCUGCUGUGCAUCCUCUGGAUUCUCUACGCAGAACGCCCACUGCAGCCCAAAGAAUUCUAUCACGCGCUCUGGAGUGGAUUGUCUUUCAGUGGCCUUGCUGAUAGCCAAGCUCCAGAUGUCACCGUUUCUGAUUCUAGCGAUGGCUUGAGUCGAUUCGAUAGAUAUGUCAUUCACUCCUCUAAAGGACUGGCAGAAGUUACAAAAUCUAAGAAGCCAACCGUGCAAUUCAUCCAUGAGUCCGUUAGAGACUUCCUUAUCAAAGACAAAGGCCUGUGCGAAUUAUGGCCCGAGUCAGCGUUGGACCACGAGAGCCUGGGCCAUGAGAGAUUGAAACAGUGUUGCUUGUUCUAUCUGAACCAUACCUCGGUGGUCGCAUCCGUCGACAAAUUGCUGUCAGUGCCAAAUUCGAACAGGUCAGUGGGAAUCUUGACCAAAUUGCCUUUUCUGGAGUAUGCCGGUCAACAUGCCCUCUACCAUGCCAACAUUGCUGCGAAACGAUUUCCUCAGAGAGAAUUUUUGCUCUCUCUCCGGUUUUCAAAUUGGAUCAAGAUCCACAAUGCCUUUGAAAAGUUCAAGGUUCGUCGAUAUACCGAAGGCGUAAGCCUAAUGUACGUUCUCGCCGACAACGGUCACUCAGAGCUCGUUCGAAUAUGGCCCAAGGAGGAGCGGCAAGAAUAUACACCCAGGGAAAGGUACAAGUACCCGCUAUUUGCUGCAUUAGCGAACGGUAACAAGGAGACCAUUGCCGCUAUACUGGACUUGCCUUCAUGCAUUUACAAUGGGAUAGAUCUUACAGACGGCCUGAACAACAGAAAGGACGUCAAGGGAUACGAGAAUCGAACCCCUCUAUCAUGGGCUGCUCAAGAAGGGCGCGACACGUUAGUCCAGCUACUUCUUCAUAACGGAGUGGCCAUUGACCAGAUAGACCAAGCAGGUCUCACAGCGCUUUCGCGGGCGACACAGAAUGGGCAUGAUACAAUAAUAAAGCUUCUGAUUGAGAACGGGGCCGAUGUCAAUGCUAGUCCGAAAGGCUGGACACCACUUCAUUGGGCGUCAGCGAGAGGCCAUGAGGCAAUAGCAAGGCUUUUGUCUGAGAACGGGGCCGAUGUCAAUGCCGGCGACAACAACGACUGGACGCCACUUCAGGCAGCGCCAAAUAAUGGGUAUGAGCGAUUGGUAGCGCUCCUAAUUGAUAAAGGGGGCGAUGUCAAUGCCGGCAACAAAUCCGGAUGGACACCACUUUUACGAGCGUUGGUAAGAGGCUGCUAUUGGGUAGCAAAAGUCCUUAUUGAUAGUGGUGCAAACGUCAAUGCUCACGAUAGAGACGGAUGGACACUACUCUUCCGCUCCUCGAAUGCCGGUAAGAAGGCGGUGGCAGAGCUUCUCAUCGAGAAAGGAGCCGACGUGAAUAUCAGUGAUAUAGGGACAGGGAUGGACGGACAGCCUGGCUUCAAAAAAUGGCUUUGA